AUGUUGCCAGAGGAACUUCUGAUGUCUCUGGAGGAUUUAAGAGACAAGGAAUUCAAGGACUUCAAAUGGUAUCUGCAGCAGCCGGACAUCAUGGGAGGUUACCACACCAUCAAAGUGUCCAAGCUGGAGAAGGCAGAGCGGCGGGACACGGUGGAUCUGAUGGUGCAGACCUGUGGAUUUCAUGGAGCUCUGGAGGUGAGCAGGACGGUUUUAGAGAAGAUGAACAGGAACGAUCUGGUGCAGAGUCUGUCGGACUCCAGCUCAGCAACAGAAGUGAAGAUCAGUGACGUCGGAGAGAACAGACGAUCGUCCUCCUCUCAGACUGAAGAUGUGAUUGUUCCAGUACCAGAGCCACAACCCAUUUCAUUUUACCAACAACUGCUUCAAUCAAACCUCCAGGAUACGUUUAUGUGUGCACAGGAGGGGUGGGCACAGAAGAAGGAUGAGCAGCGUCUGGAUGAUAUCUACACACAGUUGCACAUCACAGCUGGGGGCGACACACACAUCAACACACAGCACGAGGUCAGGCUAAUUGAGAACGCUGAGAAACCAGCAGAAAUAGAAAAACCAAUUAAACCUAAUGAGAUGUUCAAACACCCCACUGGAAGAUAUAAACCCAUCAGAACAGUGCUGACCAGUGGGAUUGCAGGAAUUGGCAAAACAUUUCUUGUGCGCAAGUUUGUGUUGGACGUGGUUGAAGGGAGAGCCAAUCAAGACGUGCAGCUCAUCUUCCCGUUUACUUUCCGACAAUUAAAUUUAUGGAGGGGACAAAAGUUUUGUUUGGCAGAGCUGAUUCGUGAAUGUAUCAGAGAGACCAGAGACAUCAAGGAAGAAGCUCUUAAUCACAUCUUCACAACUCUGCAGUCGUCGGGAAACACCAACUACGACAAGAGUAAAUUCAAACUCAUGUUUGUUUUGGAUGGUUUGGACGAGAGCCGCCUAGAACUGGACUGCUCCACCAGUAAAAACCAGAACCCAGACUUUGAUGUUACCGCGUCGACUUCAGUGGACGUGCUGCUGACAAACCUCAUCAAGAGGAAUCUGCUUCCCUCUGCUCGCCUCUGGAUAACCACACGACCUGCAGCAGCCAAUCAGAUCCACUCUGACUUCAUUGACGUGGUGACAGAGGUCAGAGGGUUCACUGACCCACAGAAGGAGGAGUACUUCAGGAAGAGGUUCAGAGAUGAGGAGCAGGCCAUCAGCAUCAUCUCCCACAUCAAGACAUCACGAAGCCUCCACAUCAUGUGCCACAUCCCAGUCUUCUGCUGGAUCACUGCUACAGUUCUGGAGGAGGUGUUGGAAACCAGAGAGGAAGGAGAGCUGCCCAAGACCCUGACUGAGAUGUAUGCAGAGUUCCUGGGGUUUCAGAUUCAUCAGACAAAACAGAGAUAUGACCAAAAAAAGUGCAUUCAGUACAUUAAUUCAUUGGCAAAACUCGCUUUCUAUGAGCUGGAAAAGGGCAACUUGAUCUUCUACGAGAAGGACCUGAUAGAGAGCGGCGUUGAUGUGAGCGGAGCGUCGGUGUGCUCAGGAAUGUUCACACAGAUAUUUAAAGAGGAACGUGGGAGGAGGAAUGAUGCAGACAAGAUGUUCAGCUUCAUCCAUCUAAGUGUUCAGGAGUUUUUGGCAGCUCUCUAUGUGGAGAUGGCGCUCCUUAACAGAAACAAGAACGUUUUGUCUGAGCUGGGGCAAACGUGUGGCGAACAGGUGAGAAUGAUUUUCAGCAGAUCAUCUAUAACAAAAGUCCACGCGUUUGCUAUCGACAAGGCAUUGGAGAGUCCGAACGGACACCUGGACCUGUUCCUCCGCUUCCUCCUGGGUCUUUCGCUGCAGACCAAUCAGACUCUCCUACGAGAUCUGUUUGAAAAGCAAAGAAGAUCACAGACCAAUCAGGAAACAGUGAACUACAUCAAGAAGAAGCUCAAUGAGAAUCCGUCUCCAGAGAGAAGCAUCAACCUGUUUCACUGUCUGAAUGAACUGAAUGAUCGUUCUCUAGUGAAGCAGAUCCAACAGUCCCUGAGAUCAGGACGUCUCUCCACUGAUGAACUGUCUCCUGCUCAAUGGUCAGCUCUGGUCUUCAUCUUACUGUCCUCAGAAGAACAUCUGGACAUGUUUGACCUGAAGAAAUACUCUGCUUCAGAGGAGGCUCUUCUGAGGCUGCUGCCAGUGGUCAAAGCCUCUAACAAAGCUCUGCUGAGCGGCUGUAAUCUGUCAGAGAGAAGCUGUGGAGCUCUGGCCUCAGUCCUCAGCUCCCAGUCCUCUAGACUAAGAGAACUGGACCUGAGUAACAACGACCUGCAGGACUCAGGGGUGAAGCUACUGUCUGGUCUGAAGAGUCCACACUGUGCACUGGAGACUCUCAGGUUGAAUGAAACUGGGCUCACAGAGGAUUGCUGUGAGCAUAUCUCAUCAGUUCUCAGAUCCCAGUCCUCUAGACUGAGAGAACUGGACCUGAGUAACAAUGAUCUGCGGGAUUCAGGAAUGAAGCUGCUCUCUGCUGGACUGGAAAGUCCACACUGUACACUGGAGACUCUCAGGUUGAAUCAAACUAGGCUCACAAUGGAUUGCUGUGGGCAAAUCUCAUCAGUUCUCAGCUCCCAGUCCUCUAGACUAAGAGAACUGGACCUGAAUAACAAUGAUCUGCGGGAUUCAGGAGUGAAGCUGCUCUCUGCUGGACUGGAGAGUCCACACUGUACACUGGAGACUCUAUGGUUAAAUCAAAACGGACUCACAGAGAAAUGCUGUGAGGACUUUGCAUCAGUUCUAAGCUCCCAGUCAUCUAGUCUGAGAGUGCUUGACCUGAGUCACAACAUCCUGCAGGACUCAGGAGUGGCGCUGCUCUCUGCUGGACUGGAAAGUCCACAUUGUGCAAUAGAGACUCUCAGGUUGAAUCACACCAUGCUCACAGAGAAAUGCUGUCAGAAUUUAGCACCAGUUCUCAGCUCCCAGUCCUCUAGUCUGAGAGAGCUGGACCUGAGUAACAACAAUCUGCAGGACUCAGGAGUGAAGCUGCUCUCUGCUGGACUGGAGAGUCCACAGUGCACACUGGAGACUCUCAGGUUGUCGGGCUGUCUUGUCACAGAGGCAGGUUGUUCUUCUCUGGCCUCAGCUUUAAGAUCGAACCCCUCCCAUCUGAGAGAGCUGGACCUGAGCUACAAUCAUCCAGGAGACUCAGGAGUGAAGCAGCUGUCUGCUGGACUGAAGAAUCCACAAUGUAGACUGGAGACUCUCAGGUUGGAGCAUGGUGGAGAGCAGAGGCUGAAACCUGGUCUGAGGAAGUACGCCUGUGAACUCACACUGGACACAAACACAGUGAACACAAACCUCAAACUGUCUGACAACAACCGGACGGUGUCGAUCGUGUCAAAGGAGCAGCUGUACCAUGAUCAUCCGGACAGGUUUGAGCUGUGGCCUCAGCUGCUGUGUAGAGAUGCUCUGACUGGACGCUGCUACUGGGAGGUCAAGUUGAAUGGAAGAGUUUAUUUAUCAGUGACCUACAGAGGAAUCAGAAGGAAAGGAGCCGGUGAUGACUGUGCGUUUGGACAAAACAAUCAGUCCUGGAGUCUGAUCUACACUGAUGCCGACGGUUACUGUGCCAGUCACAACAAAAGAGAAGUUCGCAAUUCCUCCUUAUCCGGCAUCUUCUCCCCCCUCAAAAGAACAGACCUCCCUCCUUCCUCCUCCUCCUCCUCCUCCUCCUCCUCCUCUGUCUCGAACAGAGUAGCAGUGUAUGUGGACCAUCCUGCUGGCACUCUGUCCUUCUACAGAGUCUUCUCUGAUGCACUGAUCCACAUCCACACCUUCAACACCAGCUUCACUGAACCUCUUUACCCUGGGUUCAGGUUUACACUGCAUUGUUCUUCAGUGUCCCUGUGUUCACUGUAGGAAAGAAAACACUCACACUGCUGACAAAACACACACGAACGCUUUUCGUAAGUCAUAAUAUAGUGGCUCAUAAUUACAAUUGUUCUCACAGGACAAAGAAAAAGCCCCAACAUGAGGUGGCCCCACAGCAGAGCUAACAUGAUGCCCUUUAAAUGAAGAAGAUUUAGGUCGUUCUCCCACCUGCACUUUUUAGUCCAGUUAAACCGAACCCUGGUUGGUUUUCCCCCUCGGUACGAUUUGUUUGUUCAGGUGUGAAAACAAUAAUCGCUCUCAGGUGAGGACCAACACAAUCGCACCAAGACCCUUUCGAGGAGGUGGUCUUGGUCCGGUCCCAGACGAACUCUGGAGCAGUUUAUUUUUGGUGUGAAAGAGCUCUGAACUGGAUCUGACUCCAGCAGCAGGUGAACCCACAAGUCUGAGCUUGAUGGUUCCUGUAACCUUCGUCCUGUGUUUAUUCCUGCUCCAGACAAUCUGACCAAUCAGACGAGGGAACGUGUUCAUCUGGUCUGUAAUGAUGCAUUUUGGUUCACUUGAAUUUUUCUCCGUGUGAAAAUAAACCGAAUCUACAAGUUUA